AUGGCUGUGCUGGCUCUGGCCCUGGAGGGGCUCGCCAUCUUCGGGCUCAUCCUCUUCGUUGUGCUGUGGCUUAUGCACUUCAUGUCCAUCAUAUACACACGCCUCCACCUCAAUAAGAAAGCUACAGACAAACAGCCAUAUAGCAAGCUUCCUGGUGUGUCACUUCUAAAGCCCUUAAAAGGUGUGGAUCCUAACCUGAUCAACAACUUAGAAACCUUCUUUGAGCUGGAUUAUCCAAAAUAUGAAGUACUGCUCUGUGUACAAGAUCAUGAUGAUCCAGCUAUUGAUGUGUGCAAAAAGCUCCUUGGCAAAUACCCAAAUGUUGAUGCUAGACUGUUCAUAGGUGGCAAGAAGGUUGGCAUCAACCCCAAGAUUAACAACUUAAUGCCUGGCUAUGAAGUUGCCAAAUACGAUCUCAUAUGGAUUUGUGAUAGUGGCAUCAGAGUAACACCAGACACAUUGACAGAUAUGGCCAAUCAAAUGACUGAAAAAGUAGGCUUGGUCCAUGGGCUUCCCUAUGUUGCAGACAGACAGGGCUUUGCUGCUACUCUUGAACAGGUGUAUUUUGGAACUUCACAUCCAAGGUCAUAUAUUUCAGCCAAUUUAACUGGCUUUAAGUGUGUAACAGGAAUGUCAUGCUUGAUGAGGAAAGAUGUCUUGGACCAAGCUGGAGGACUGAUAGCUUUUGCACAAUAUAUCGCUGAAGAUUACUUUAUGGCCAAAGCUAUAGCUGACCGGGGAUGGAAGUUUGCAAUGGCCACACAAGUUGCAAUGCAGAACUCUGGUUCAUAUUCUAUUUCUCAGUUUCAGUCCAGAAUGAUCAGGUGGGCUAAGCUGCGAAUUAAUAUGUUGCCUGCUACAAUAAUUUGUGAGCCAAUCUCAGAGUGCUUUGUGGCCAGUCUAGUUAUUGGAUGGGCAGUUCAUCACGUGUUUAAAUGGGAUAUAAUGGUAUUUUUCAUGUGUCACUGCUUGGCAUGGUUUAUAUUUGACUACAUUCAGCUAAGAGGUGUUCAGGGUGGUGCCCUGUGUUUUUCAAAACUUGAUUAUGCAGUAGCUUGGUUCAUCAGAGAAUCCAUGACUAUAUAUAUUUUCCUAUCUGCUUUGUGGGACCCCACUAUUAGCUGGAGGACAGGACGCUACAGAUUACGUUGUGGAGGCACUGCGGAAGAAAUUCUUGACGUAUAG